AGCCUUGUACGGUUUUGCGGCGUUGGGUGGUGGUGGCAUCGGAUAGUGGCGCUGUAGCGUAAUCCCACACCAAAAUUACUUUGCCUGUUUCAAGGUAUUCAUAUCACCGUAAAAACCUGCAUUGAUAUUGUCAAACCAUCUUUUGAUACUUGAAUAUUCAAGAUGAGCAGGCAACAUCCGCCGGAAUUGAAGAAAUUUAUGGACAAGCACAUGACAUUGAAGCUGAACGGAGGCCGCCAGAUCGAGGGCGUGCUGCGCGGCUUCGAUCCGUUCAUGAACCUCGUGCUGGACGAGAGCCUGGAGGUCACCAAGAGCGGACAGCGCACCAAGAUCGGCAUGGUGGUGGUGCGGGGUAACAGUAUCAUCAUGCUGGAGAGUCUGGAGAGGAUCUGACGCUGCUGCUGGUGCGCGAGCUCGAGCCUCGUUUCUGUCGCCCUCAUGUCUGUCAUCUUGUCGAACGUCCGCAUCGUACAUCUUGAGCCAAUAAAUGCGUAGCGCGUC